ACAUUAUUUCACCACACGCUGACAUAUUUGAGCUAUAUGGCUGCACGAGGCGACCAAAAAGGGUCGCAUAAGUUUUCUUACAGUCGUCGCUGACUUUGGACGACUCGCGGUAACUGGCAACUUCACUUUCCACCAUUAUUUCACAACACGCUAUAUUUGAACUACGACUACGAGGUGAACAAUAGGUCGCCCCGUUUUCUAACAGUCGUAGUUGUCUUUGUACAAUUACUCCUUCUAGCUGCUCUAUUGGAUCGAUGAAAUGCAGUGUGUGGCUGUUAAGUAGCGGACAAGUUUUUUAAGGGGAGAUGACUAUAGAUAUGAGAUUUUGACCUGAAUCAUGGCUUCAACUACUAGAUUUGAGUUGACAUCGACCAGCCCUGAGGCCAGUUUUGCAGGAAAUUACCAAAAUGGGCAAAGGGGAUACUCUACUCCCACUUUGGAUAGAUCAACAAGUUUCAGAGACAGUGCAGAGAUCAAGAAUUUUGCUUCUGGAAAGGCAAAUUCUAGAGGAAGUGUUUCGACUUCCGGAGAUGUGACUACAUUAUCUCAAUGGCUAAUGUUGGAGCCAAUUGUUAUUGGUGAUCAAAAGCAUGCGCGGUCUGGGGACUUAAGGAGGGUUCUUGGCGUUUCUAUUGGGAGCACUUCAGAAGACAACCCUUUUGGUGCUGUUCACCUUAAGAAUUCAUCUCCUGGGGCGGUGGAUGAAUUGAAGCGAUUAAGAGCUAGUGUUGCUGAUACUUGUGUUAAAGCAAGAAAUGUGCCUGGUUCUGGAGCUUUGCCUCAAUGCCUAGCAAAGAAGUUGGACGAUCAUUUGAAUAAGUUGAACAAAUAUGUUGAGGUGUCCUCUAAGAAGCAGCAGCAAAGGAAUGAGAUGCUAGCAAAUGAACGAUCUAGUGGUUCGAUCUUGAAGAUUGGAUCUCUGAUACAUCGAAAUACUACUGAAUUUGGAAGUCAAAAAUUUGAUGAGAGGCCUAAGAAUGGUGGAUUGAAUAAGCGCUUACGGACAUCAGUUGCUGAUAAUCGGGCAGAAUGUAAGGUCGGUGGAGCAUCGCGGCAGCCUAUGUCAAUGGCAAGAGAGAGAGACAUGCUCAAAGAUAGCAAUGCAGAUUCUGAUACUGUUGAGGGUAAAAUAAAGAGAUUACCUGCUGGUGGAGAAGGCUGGGACAAGAAAAUGAAAAGGAAACGCUCAGUUGGUGCCGCCUUCUCUAGAUCUAUUGAUAAUGACGGGGAACUAAAAAGAACAAUGCAUCAUAAGCUCCCUGGUGAAUCUAGCCUGCAAUCCGGUGAUUCCACCCCCAGCAUCAGGUCAGGUGCUUCUGGCAGCAGCAGCAAAUUAGAUCCAGCUUCAUCUCCUGCCAGUUCAAGUGCUCGUACAACCCUCAAAGGUGAACAAGAAAAAUCCAUGCUCUCAAGGGAUCUCUCUCCAGGACCAAUGAAGGAGCGAACCUUAGGGAAACUAAAUGUUAGUGAUCCUUUAUUUAGGAUGGGAAAUCGUGAGGGCAAUAGUGCCAUGUGUCCUAGUCCAAUAUUAAAAGGGAAGGCCUCAAGGGCACCACGGAACGGUUCUAUGGUUUCAGCUAGUUCAGCUUCAAACGUAUCUCGUGUAUCUGGGACUUUGGAGAGCUGGGAACAGCUGCAAGCAGUAAAUAAAACCUCAACCAUAGGUGGGGCUAACAAUCGAAAGCGUACAAUACCUGGUGGAUCGUCAUCCCCACCCAUCACUCAAUGGGUGGGUCAGAGGCCACAGAAGAUCUCACGAACCAGGAGAACGAAUCUAAUCCCUGUAUCAAACCAUGAUGAUGUCCAGAUGCAAUCUGAAGGAUGCUCACCAUCAGAUUUUAGCCCCCGGUUAAGCAGUUUUACCAAUGCCGCUCAUUCCAUCAAGGGUUCUGCCAGUGAAAACAUCAAUUUUAAAGGAAGAUCUGAAAAUGCCUCGUCUCCUGCAAGGUUGUCAGAAAGUGAAGAAUCAGGUGGUGGUGAAAUUAGAAUAAAGGAAAAAGGAUUAGGAAGUGGUGAUGGGGAGGAGAAGGAUGCAAAUGCUACCCAGAAUGUUGGGCCAACUGCAAUUCCCGUGAAAAAGAAUAAAAUUAUGGUUAAAGAAGAAAGUGGUGAUGGUGUGAGGAGACAAGGGCGCAGUGGGAGGAUGUCACCAUUUUCUAGGACUAGCCCUUCACCGACGAGAGAGAAAAUGGAUAAUGAAGGGACACCUAAACCUCAACGGAAUGCAAGGUCUUCUGAAAAGAAUGGAAGUAAGUCUGGUCGUCCUCUGAAGAAGCUCUCGGAUCGCAAAGGAUUUUCUCGUCUUGGUCACAUUGCCAAUGGUGGCUCCCCUGAUUGUAGUGGUGAAUCUGAGGACGACCGCGAGGAGCUCAUAACGGCUGCUAACCUUGCUUUCCAUGCUAGUUGUAUGUGUUCGGAACCCAAUGAUCAUGUUUACUGGAGAUAUUUCAGAUAUGCUGAUUGUGUAAUGUUCAAUUUUGUAUGCUAUGCAGUUAAUGCUUGUUCGGGUGCAUUCUGGAAAACAGUAGAGCCCUUGUUUGCUUCCGUUGACCCUGAUGAAGAGUCAUUUUUAUCAGGACAGGAUGAUUACAGCCAUGAAAAUAUGGCAGCGCCUGAUUCUGUCUAUUUUGGCGGAUAUAGAAGCAUAAAUAAUGAAAUCCGGUCGGACAGUUCUUUGGAUAGGAUGGGAUUUGUUGAUCGGCUCCGGACUUCUCCAUUAUAUGGGUGCUCAGAAAGAGAGAGAAGAUAUGAUGUUGUUCCUCCGCUUUAUCAAAGAGUACUCUCCGCUCUCAUUGUGGAAGAUGAAAUUGAAGAAUCUGAAGACACUGGUUUUGGGAGAAUGCGAAGCUCAAUUCAUGAUUCACGCUUCCUUAUUGGCGCUGACUGUAAACCUUUGGAUAAGAUAAGCCUCAGUGAGCCAAUGUUUGGUACUCAAAUUCCGAAAACUAAUAACGCACACAUCGUUUUUUCAUGUAAUGGAAAUGCGAACUAUGAUAGAAGCCACAACGCUCAAGAUCAUUAUGGUAAUGGUGAGGUGCUGCAAAGAGACGACGGAUAUGUGCACUCUGAGGUUGAAGUGCUGGUUAGACUCUCAAGGUGUGAUUACGUUCUACAAAGUCUGCAGGCGAAUAAUUGUGGCGUUUCUUCUUUUGAGUGCCAGUAUGAGCAGAUGUGUGUUGAAGAAAAGCUUGUACUUGAACUUCAGAGUGUUGGUCUGUACUUGGAAGCCGUGCCUGCUUUGAACGACAACGAAGAUGAGGUGAUGAAUGAGGAAAUUGUUCAAUUGGAGAAGAAACUUCAUGAACAGAUGAGAAAGAAGAAGUCUUGCUUGGAUACUUUAUAUGAGGCUGUUCAAGAAGGCAAGAAAAUUGGAAGAAGUCAUGGCAAGAAUGUUGUUUUUAACUACUUAAAUGAUAAAUUUUAUUGCUUCCUCAGGGACCCUGAGCAGAUUGCCAUGGACAAACUUGUUGAGUUGGCAUACAAGAAACUUUUGGCAACUAAAAGAAGCUUUGCUUCUAAACAUGGGAUAGCUAAGGUGUCGAAACAAGUUGCUUUGGCAUUUGCAAAGAGGACACUCGCAAGAUGUCGAAAAUUCGAGAUGGAUUCAAGAGCAAGCUGUUUUUCAGAUCCUGCACUCCGGGAUAUCAUUUUCGCCGCACCACCUCGUUUUGAUGACACAGAGAUGCUUGCUUGUGCUGGUCAGAUACCUGCUAAUGAUGGUAGCUUGGUAGAUGCAUUUGAUCAGGCUUUCGCGAAAAAGGGGCCAAUAUCAAAUAGAGCAAAGAGGAAGGAGCUAUUGCUUGAUGAUGUUGGCGGGGCUGUUUUCCGAGCCUCAUCUGCUAUGGGCAUCUCUGAUGGGGCAAAAGGAAAGAGAAGCGAGCGGGACCCACCCAAGACUGGACGGCUUUCAAUGGGCUGCUAUAAUAAGGGCGAAAGCAAAGCUAAAUCUAAUAAGCCAAAGAAAACUGCUCAGUUGCCGACUGGUGAUAAAUUCAGUUUGAGCGAGUCGGGAAAUAGUAGUGGCAGUAAGAGAAAGGACGUUCGUUUUAUUUCUUCUGGUGGUUUGCCUCCACCAGCUUCAUCGAGUGUUGUGAAAGAAUCCUCGGAGUUUGGUAAUCUGCUGCCGAAUGAUAUUGAUGGUAUUGACGAUUUGGGAGUGGAUUCGGAGAUUGGGGAGCCACAGGAUCUAAAUUCGUGGUUUAACUUUGAUGUGGACGGAAUACAGGACAAUGAUUUAGUCGGGCUCGAAAUACCCAUGGAUGACCUGGCGGAACUCAACAUGUUCUGAUGAUGCAUGCCGCAGCUUGUACUGUACAGCUUGUCGAUUUAGUAAACUGGCUAUACAAUUUUUUUUUUUUUUUAAUGGUCUAGAUAUGGAGGAUGUGUUGGAUUUGCUCUACCUUACAAUAUAUUAUAGGCUUGGCAAGAAUUGCUGCUGUUAUUAUGCAUUGUUUAUUGUACUCUGGAAAUAUUGUUUUUUAGAAGUUUCUUGUAGUUUAAUGUAUGUUUAAGUUUGACAGUUGUUCGUUAUGUAUACUACUCCAUCUUUAUUGGAUUCAUGAAUGGCCAAGAUUAAUUUGGCGGGUUAUUUCAAAUUGAAUUUCUCAUCCA